AUGUCCCGGACACCAGGAUCCGAAGAUACCAAGUUUAUCCAGCGCUCUGUGCAACCUCGAGACAACUCCACCAACAGUGCCAUCACCGCUCAGGUCGAGCUUACCAGCAUCCUUGGUGAGCUUCUGGAUCUCAUUGAUUCCAUUGGAAAGCUCUUGACUCCAGGGUUCUUCGAUGAUGUCAACUCCAGCAUCACUAACCUCGCUGACUUGCUGGCGCCACCUUUCGCCAACAACACGCGCACCAUCGUUGGCCGCGCGGGGACGUUGCUGGAUGAUAUCCAGCCUCUCAUCGAUCAAUUCAAAGACCUCGAUCUCAACUCCCUCAUCCAACUCAUUGCUCCGAUUGUCUUUAAACUCAGCUCCCUCCUUGAUAACGCAAGCAAGCUUUUGACGACGGAUGUUGUGAACAGACUUAUCACGCUCAUUACAAAGCUCAGCGAUCUUUUGACAGCCGAUCUGUUAAGUGAUAUUUCAACUCUCAUUACGCAAUUAGCUCCACUCGUCGAUGUUGUUGUUCAACUUAUCACUGCCAUUAUCUCUAUAAUCAUAGGGUAG